GGCAGUCGCGAUUCAAUUACGAAUCUCAAAUAAUAUUUAUCGUGCGCUUAUCUUAAACGACAAAGCGCUAUUUUUUGAGUUCUUACGACAUGAUGUUUUUUUACCCAAUGUUCCAUGUUCAGAUUUUAUUUUCUAGGGAUCCUAGUAAAGAAAAAUAUCGCUUAUCAGAAUUCCUAGAGAACAAAGUUUUCUAUUGGUCGUCAAAUGUUUCAGACGAAGAAUGAAUUCUGCAUAAAAGACAAUUAUUUAUAAAUAUCAUGAUCAGAAUAGAUUAUCCGAUCUACUAAUAUCCGAAAUAUCUGUAAUUCUAAUUGUUCUCUAUUUCCUAGAGAUAGUCAUCUUACUGAUUCCGGCGUGCAUUUUCCCAAUUCGAAAAUCACUUAUAAUUCAAAAAAUUGUUUAAAAAUUGGAUCUUGUAAUUAUACUUUAAAUAGAAAAUAAAAUUUCUAUUUUAAAACUAAACUACCUAAUAUAUCUAAACACUAGAAAGCGAAACAAGAAGGAAAAGUAUUGAAAAAGUGCAAGGAGUGCAUUCAAGUGAUAGCAGUUGAUGUAUGUACAGUUGGAGGCACUUUGCACUUGAUUUCGAAUAAUUCCAACGGUCAACGGCAGUAGCAAGUUUCUACUUACAUUCCGGAGAGACCACGAAAUUAAUUGAAAAAUAUGUUCUAUCUCGUCGACCUACUUUCCCACCGUCGCAGGGGCAAAUUGGCCCCUUGCUGGCUCGCUGCAACGCUCAACCAGAAAUUAUUUAAGAGACAUUAUAAUUCCGAUGCGAUAAAGAAGCUAGACGUCAUAAGAAUUUCUGAAGAGAUUUUAAAGAUAAUCCAGCAGCGCGGCGGCGCAAGACAGAGAUUCAGCUUGUACCUCUCAUCGCAAUUGCUGUGGGGUAUCAUUAAGAUUCAUCAGUAUCAGAUAACAUGCUAUCAAAAAGAUAUUUCAAUGGUGUUGCAAACACUCGACGAGCUUUCGAUAGAGGAGGACUUCGAUGCAGUACAAAUUCUUGAUAUCACAAUGGAAUUGCCUGUGGCAAAUGAGAAUUUAUUACCGGAUCCCUCGCGCGAAGACCUGCAUCUUCUUCCGGAAGAUGUCGAGUCGCGAAUGAUGUGCUCGCUUGUCUAUAGACAACGGAUCCUGAAUUUGCUUUCGUUUAUGCAGAUGCAAGACGCGCACCUGAAUUUUGGCGUACUCACCGAUGACGAGCUGGAAUUCUUAUUCAAUCGUAACGGCGAGAUCGCAUUGUUAGUGCCUGAUUCCUGUGUCUUCCUUGUACCAUAUGACAUGCAAAAUACGGACGACAACAGAAACAGAGACGUCAGCGAAAUCGCAGAAGAGGCCCAUCGAGAGAUGCAAUCGCCUCGGGGAAUCCUCAGGUAUCCUCCGGUACUUGCGCAUGGGUCGACAAGUAAAUCGAAAUACGAUGGAAAAGUGUCUGUGACUCCGCAAAAACGACAGACACGUCCGCAAGUGGAAACACCUACAAAACGAAGACGUUUAUCCUUUGAGGAUGUGAUUCCCGUUCCUUUGGAGGAUGUAGUAGCCCAGUUGUCUGCCACAGCUGAGCCUUCUGUUCCUUUGGAGGAUGUGACAGUACCCCAGAUACUUGUGGAAGGGACAGUGGCACCAGCUUCUCCAUUACCCGAGGAACAGAUGCCUGCCGUACAACGAGCAGAAUUAGACAUGGAACUGGAGCCUGUGCAUCCGAAGUUCUUCAAAAGCAAGAAGCAGCCAAAGAGAGGCAAAGUUAUCGAUAAGAAAAUCAGAUUGGAGGACAAGUCGCUCAAGGAGUGGCAUCAGAAUACAAGAAUUUAUUGCAAAUCGCAAUUGGACUUGCCGCAAGUGCAUCGUCCGUCCCCAGCGAUGGAACUCUUCGAUCGACCUUCGCACCAGCCCAAGCGAUGGGCCAGCAAACUGUAUGAUCUGUUUGCUGAUAACGUUAGAGGCCCAUUCACGGCUCCAGAUCAAGAGGACGCAGUCAUGUCAAUGCAAGAAAUACGAGCCGCGACGAGCAGGCUGGAUCAUCCUAUGGAGGAAUGGAGUACGCUUGGAAAUGUGCAGGCCACGACUGCUGCCGAUGGUACUGCCAUGGAGAGCAUCUCGAACAUCCCUCCCACCGAUAUUCAAAUGGCAGAAACGGCAACGGUACGCGACAGUUGUGAGGCAUCAACGGUGCCGUUAGCAGAGGCAGACAUGGCCAUUUCAGAGCAAGAUAUUAACGCCGAGCGUAUGCAAAAUGUCGAGAUGAAAGUAGAUGACGCGGAUGCAAACAGCCUCCCCGAUGUCGAAGUUAUGCUGGAGAAACGAUGGCGUCAAUCGGAAAUAAGAGAUCGCGUCUCGAAAUCUUCCACCCCGAUUGCGGCGGAGUCCGUACCUCUGACAGUUCAGGACGUUCUGGCUAUGUUGGAGGUCUUGUGGCGCGAUCGGGAAGUUGUCAAAUUUAACGACUUCAUCCCAAGAGAUACAUACUCGACAAACGAUGUUGUUCAUGUUUUCAACAUACUUCUUGUUCUACAUGCGAAGAAGAAGCUCGUUCUGCGACAGAGCGCUUGCUACCGUACUCUUUGGAUCAGGAAACUUUAUUUCGACUAAAUUGUAAAACGUAUUAUAUUAAUUGAUUCUCAAAUACUAAUGCCGACUUUUUAAAUUAUUAAUUUUUGUCGAAUUCAUUAUAAUUGUUUUUUCUAUUGUAUUCUUUAUUGUUUUGUGGUAUUCUUGGUGGUGGUGUGUAUUCUUUAUUGUUACUAUGGUCGGUAUAAUAUAUUUGUACAAAUACUUAUUUACCUAAAUACUGAAUUAUAACGCAGUAUUGUAUCGCGGCUAGAGUUAAAAUGUGAAAUAAAUGUCGUUUUAUGUCGCAGUAUUUUA